GUUCGGGGCGCGGAUCCCGAGAGAGAAAGUCUUAACCGCACGAGGGAGUUCGACUGGAGAGCUGGAAGGCCACGCCUCCUCCCGCCUCCCCCCGCAGCCCUGUAGCUGGGGGAAGAGCUCAGACUGUCUUCUGAAGACUGAUGUCUAUUUCCUUGAGCUCUUUAAUUUUGUUGCCAAUUUGGAUAAGCAUGGCACAAAUCCAGCAGGGAGGUCCAGAUGAAAAAGAAAAGACUACAGCACUGAAAGAUUUAUUAUCUAGGAUAGAUUUGGAUGAACUAAUGAAAAAAGAUGAACCACCUUUUGAUUUUCCAGAUACCCUGGAAGGAUUUGAAUAUGCGUUUAAUGAAAAGGGACAGUUAAGACACAUAAAAACUGGGGAACCGUUUGUUUUCAACUACCGGGAAGACUUGCACAGAUGGAACCAGAAAAGAUAUGAAGCUCUAGGAGAGAUCAUCACGAAGUAUGUAUAUGAACUCCUGGAAAAGGAUUGUAAUUUGAAAAAAAUCUCUAUUCCAGUAGAUGCCACUGAAAGUGAACCAAAGAGUUUUAUCUUUAUGAGUGAGGAUGCUUUGACAAAUCCACAGAAACUGAUGGUUUUAAUUCAUGGUAGCGGUGUUGUCAGGGCAGGGCAGUGGGCUAGAAGGCUUAUUAUAAAUGAAGAUCUGGACAGUGGCACACAGAUACCAUUUAUUAAGAGAGCUAUGGAUGAAGGAUAUGGAGUAAUAGUACUGAAUCCCAAUGAAAACUAUAUUGAGGUUGAAAAGCCGAAGAUACGUGUAAAAUCAUCUUCUGAUAGUUCAUAUGAACCAGCAGAAAAACGGGAAAGAAAAGAUAAAGUCUCUAAAGAAACAAAGAAGCGACGUGAUUUCUAUGAGAAGUACCGUAACCCUCAAAGAGAAAAGGAAAUGAUGCAGUUGUAUAUCAGAGAAAAUGGUUCUCCUGAAGAACAUGCAGUCUAUGUGUGGGACCAUUUCAUAGCUCAAUCUGCAGCUGAGAAUGUAUUUUUUGUUGCUCACAGCUAUGGAGGACUUGCUUUUGUUGAACUGAUGAUUCAACGAGAAGCAGAUGUAAAAAGUAAGGUAACUGCUGUGGCGUUGACAGACUCUGUUCAUAAUGUGUGGCAUCAAGAAGCUGGCAAAACGAUUCGAGAGUGGAUGAGAGAGAACUGUUGUAAUUGGGUCUCAAGCUCAGAACCAUUAGACACAUCAGUGGAAUCCAUGCUGCCUGACUGUCCCCGAGUCUCAGCAGGCACCGACCGUCACGAGCUCACUUCCUGGAAGAGCUUCCCAUCUAUUUUCAAAUUCUUUACCGAAGCUUCUGAGGCCAAGACCAGUUCCCUCAAGCCGGCUGUGACGCGGCGCUCGCACCGAAUCAAGCACGAAGAGCUGUAAGAGGCGAGCGAGCGAGACGGGGGAGGAGACGCCCAGGCCCCACACUCGAGCAUGCAUCCACCCGGCUCCUAACUGCUUGUGGUCGGCGAGCGGACUCCCAGCCCCUCAUUAGAUUGUUUUCUUCCUAGAGCACAGGGUCGUGAUAUAUACAUCUAAAUAGCGUUUUGCAUUAUUUCUAGAUGAGUGCAACUGUCAAAGCAAUAUGGGUUCACUGGUCGUGCUUCCUGCGGGCUGAGCUCGGGCUCCGCGCUGCCCGUCAGCGCGCAGAUGAAGGCUGACAGCGCCCCGCUCCGCGCGGCCGCCGCGUCUCUAAUUGCCCUGACGGAGCCUCGCCGGCGCUGCGGGGCGAGCGGCGUCUGCGCGGUCCUACCGCCCGCUGCAGCGCAGCCGCUGCCCCCCCACCCCCGGCCCCCCUUAAUCAUGUCCAGUUUUUUUCCUCUCCGAACAGAAGUAAACUUUUAUUCAAACUUGUCUUUUUUAAGUAGUUUUUUGCUCUGCGGGCGUCUUAUGCCUCUUUUUUUUUUUUUUAAAGGAAGUUUUCCCCCUCACACCCAGAAAAGCCAAAUUUAAAUUCAGAAUUUGAAUGCCAUGAUAUACUAUGUAGUUUUGGGAGCGCAAAUUGUUCUCUCCCUAACGAUCUAUUUUCAUUUCGAGACCAGACGAAAAACUUUGCAUAAAUCUAUAAAGUACCAAAUCCACAUUAUCGCUGAAAAUCUUUGCCAGUUGAAUAUGAGAUUUUUACACAAGUCUCUAAUUUCGUAAGAGAUUGUUUGAACCAAAACGUGAUGAGCAAGGCCCCCUUUUCAAUGAAAUUUACAACUUUAUCAUUAGAACUGACUUUUUAAAUAUAUAACGUAUAUUGAGUGGAAUAGUAAUUUAGAUAGUGUACUUAAGUUUUGCUUUUUAAAUCUUAAUGUAGAGAAAGUUUGUUGUUAAUCCUAACUAGACUAAGCUAUCUGAGCUUUCAUGGAGGUAGACCCUUUUAGGAAUAGAAUUUUUGUAUUGUCAUCAGGAAAAUGAACCUGUGUACUCUUGAGCCUUUUCCUUCUGAAAGGCUAAGUGGGACUAAAAUGAUUCUUUUAGUUUUCUGCUCCAACAGGAAGGGAAAGACCUGGUGUGAAAGAUUUUCUCCUCUCAAUCCAAUGAUAUAUUUUUUAAUAGUACACUUCCUCUAUAGGGUUUUGCCCUACAGUUGCAACAGUUAAGUAUUUUAAUCCAGCUGAGAUCUGGCCAACACUGUGAAAUAGGAGAGGUAAAAUAAGUUAAGACUUUUACAUUCAAAUAUUAAAUCUUAACAUCGAUUUUUAAUUACUUGAAGAAUUUAAUUACCUAGUGAAGAUUCUGUUUCUAAUAGAUAAGGAUCUGAAUUUAAUAUGCAACCUUUUUAAAAGUGUAUGCAACAAUAUGCCUGCCUUAUUUGAGGCCAUCAUAAAAAUGUACCCAAAAUGACUAAGAACUGUAUGACUCCUCAGAAAAAAUAACUUAAAAUAACCACCUCAUGAAUAAAAUGUUUUUAUAUUAUGAAGCGAUUUCAGCAAAUUUUAAAGCUGAUAGUAUCUCUGGUAUAUAAGUACAUUAAUUAGUUUUUAUAGAUUUAAUGAUGGCAAAUUAAAGUGAUCCUUUUUCAGUAGUCAUAUAUGCAUAUCUUUUUACAUUAUUUUAGCAGAAACAACAUAGGAGGAAAAAUCAAAAUGUCGUGUUAUCCAGCUUCUGGAUAGCGUAAAACGUGUAACCCCACCAAUGUCAAGCCCGUUGGUCUGCAGUCUUUUAUAUUUUAGAAGUAAUGGUGAACUGUAUAAAAAAAUGAUACCUUCCACUGAGAGGAUUUGAGAAUUGAUGUGGAUUGAAUAUAUUUUUCAAAGUAUUAUAAACUGUGUGGUAUUUUCAGUACAUGAAAUGUUCACAGGAAACUAAUUUUGUUGCAUUUUUAAAAAUCAGCACUUGUGCAAUGCUAAAUUUGUGAAGCUUCUGCGGCUGAAUUAGAACAAAGUAAAUAUGCUCAGCUUAUAAAUAAAAUCACUCCUAUUCCUUCUCUUCAAUUUUCUCACCUCUCUUUUUAAAAACCUUUACUUUUAACUAGAGUAAAUCACUGUUUGAUUGCCUUUAAUACUUUAAAACUACUGGGUUGUUGGGCCUUAUUUAACUAUCUAUAGACAGCUAUUUGCAAACUUAAGUUGUGUAAAUGUAAUUUCUACUUGUGGAUCUGAGCUGUAGCCACCCGGAGAGAGCUAGGCAAACCAUCCCAGACCUCCAACUGAUAACUGAUAAGGUUCCUUGUAAUGUAGGAUUUUUUAACCUGUUGAUUACGGGUCUGUUGGUAUAACUGUAAUAAUACUAUUCACCUCAAUUUUCCUGCAGUAACAACAAUCAGUUGGUAGUAAGUAGCCCGCCUGCUUGGAGGUGACAAUUGUUAAUAUUUCUGCUCUGAUCUUCUCCCUGUUUUGGUCUCUUCAGACAGGUUUUUCAAUGAGUAGAGGUUUAAAGUUAGAAUGUGGUUUGUUUUGUUUUAAUUGUAUACUCGGUUCUUAGAGGAAAUGGAAUGGGAAACAAGGAGUUGUUGAUAAAUCUAAGAUUUAAAAUAGUCCUGUUUAAACUUAAAAGCCAGAUACUGGCUUUGGAGCUCUCUAAAGGUACCUAACCAUUAAAAGUUUUUAUGGAUAUUUGAAGGGGGAAGGAAUCCGCUUGUAAUAAUUGUUCUUUUCUCAAGUUUCUGCCUCAUGCUUCAACCUAGAUUGCAUUAUUGUUUAUACCAAAAAAUUUAAAAAAGUAAAGCACAGGAGUUUCCUAUAUAUUAUAUAUUUCUGUUUACCAUUUUAAAAUAAAAACAAUUUUCUCAACAAGCAGCGAUGUCUUAUUCUUGCUCCAAAGUUCAUUUAUUUGUGUAUAGGGUUUAAUAAAAGC